UUCAGCUUUUGAGGCGUACUCUAUAUUGAUUCCUCUCCAAAAUUGAGAGUGAAGGUGAAUCUGAGCGUCCUCUUCGCCUCAUGAUGCUUUUCAGAAGCAGCAAUGAUUUUCACGAAGCUUUCUGGUGAUUAAGGCUUUUCCUUUUCAGCAAUUUAUGUGAAGGAGAAUGGAUUGUGCGCGCGCGCGCUCGCACCAGCAUGACAAGAAUCGAGUUGAGAGCGCGCGCGACGGACAAAUGACAAUUUCAGUCAUUAUGUUGUUUUUUGUCGCGUUUCUUCCAUAUGCGCUCACAGCACAUUUGGCCGUCAUAUCCCCCCAGGAUCCAGUGCUUCCCAUUGGCUCGAGCUUGACUGCGGUGUGCACUGUGAGUGCCGAGCUGGAAAUAACAGCUAGGUCCUUGUACUGGACGCUGAAUGGGAGACGCUUGGCUAGAAACACUUACAGAGUCCUGAGCCAGACCGAAUCGAGUGUCACACUUCAUCAACUCAAUGGCUCCUUGCAGCAGUCAGGAGAUAAUCUGGUUUGCCAUCGAAGUAAUGGAGAAGUUUUGGCCGGGUCCUGUCUUUAUGUCGGCUCAUCCCCUGAGAAACCCAUCAACCUGACAUGCUGGUCACGCAACACCAAAGAUCUGAGCUGCAGAUGGAGUCCGGGAAGUCAAGGAGAGACGUUCAUCAAUACCAAAUACGUCCUCAAGUACAAGCUAAAAUGGUAUGGUAAGGAAAAAGACUGUGAGGACUACACGGGACAGCCAUAUACAUGUUAUGUUCCACGUGACCUUGCCAUUUUUACACCAUAUGAGGCCUGGGUUGAGGCGACCAAUCAGCUUGGCUCGGCCACUUCAGAUGUCAUCACCUUAGACAUUUUAGAUGUAGUAACUACAGACCCCCCUCCUGAUGUCCUUGUAAGCCGUGUUGGAGAUCUGGAAGAUCAGUUAAGUGUACGUUGGGGCAGUCCUCCUGCCCUGAAAGACUACCUGUUUCAGGCCAAAUAUCAGAUCCGAUACCGUGUGGAAGAGAGUGACGAAUGGAAGGUAAUAGAUGAUGCUGGGAACCAAACGUCAUGUCGUUUGGCUGGUCUCAGAGCCGGUACGGUAUAUUUCGUCCAGGUACGAUGCAACCCAGUGGGCAUCUACGGUUCGAAGAAGGCAGGUAUAUGGAGCGACUGGAGCCACUCGACCGCCGCAUCAACUCCUGGCAUUGCAGAAAGGUCCCAAAGUGGCUCGUGCGACUCAAAGCCCAGCGAGAACAACUCAACGCUACGCAAGGAGCUCAAGCAGUUUUUCGGCUGGAUGCGCAAGCACUCUUACGGCUGCACAGACGUUAGCAUAAAACUCUACGAUCAGUGGCGCGUCUGGCUGCAGAAAGCCCAGAAAACACACGACCAGGUACUACAAAGCGGUAAAUCAUAGUGAAAGCUCCAAAAGAAGGCUUGGGAGAGUUUGCGGGGGCCGGCGACGACAUGGGUUUUAUCACUCUCCAGUGCUUGGGACGUUUCAUUGGGAUGAGUCAAGACUCUCUGAUGGAGCGACAUGAUCUACUGUUUGCCUCCUGCCGUAGGGCUCAUCAAAUACGACAAAGGAAGCGCUUUUGUCUCAGGCGCGUUAUUUAUACGGGCAUUAAAACUUAAAGACUCAAAAUGAGGAGAGAGAAAAUGAGAGAGAGUGUGAAAUGUUUGGAAAUAGAGACGACUUUCUAUUUUCAUCCACAUCUCAGCUAUAAAAAAAUGGACGUUUUCUUGUAGCUGGCAUUUGAAGGCAUGCAGCUGGGUUCAAAACUGGACAAUAUAUUUUUAGCAUUCACAUACUUAUAGUCUUUUGAAAUAUACUCCAUUUGAACAAACAUAGGUGCUCUACUAAUAUUAGCUCUUGUCCGGUGUUUGUGCUUUUUCCCUUCAUAAGUUACGAAUGAUAAAUAAGUCUUUCUAUUCAUUUAAAAAGAAGGUCACGUGGUAUUUUAAAGUGUUCUACUAACAUCUAAAGAGGCUUUUUCACUGCACUGUUCAGUAUGGAUCACUUUGGGGGCUUUUCUGCUACAUUCUGCACCUUGUACAGGUAAUGUUUCAAGCAGGCCGUAGUGUUAUAAAACCAUGAUGUAUACACACUGCUGUCGACUGAUUGGUCAAAGAACAUUAAAAGCUAGGAUCAAAUGUUAUGAUAGUGAGAUAUUUACUUUCAUUAAUUCAUUUGCCCCAGAGAUAGAUGGAUUUUUGCUAACACUGAUUUCCUACUGUUUUUGUUAGUAAUAUGCAAUAAAAAAACGUUACAUUUAUAAACGUUACAAGCAUAAAUCAAAUGAACGUAUAUUAUUAGUGUUAAUUAUAGAAUAACUACUGUAUAUUGUUGUAUAUUUAGAUAAAAGUAAAUGUAACAAUAUUUAAAAAUAGGUCAUAAUUGUUGAUAGAUAGAUAGAUAGAUAGAUAGAUAGAUAGAUAGAUAGAUAGAUAGAUAGAUAGAUAGAUAGAU